GUGAACCAUGGAGGCAAACGUUCGUGUUCUUCAUCGUCAAUUCAUAUCGAAGCGCUGGACAAAAGACACUGCGGCCUGUUCUGCACCGGGUCCAGUGGUCCCUGAAGGCAGCUUUCGAAGGCCUAAGGCCUUCUGUGGGUCCGGACUGCAACGCUGAAAGCAUACCAUUGAGACAUCGCCGUCUCGGAAAAAAGCUGUGCCGCCAGUUUGCGCUCACAGAGUUCAAAGGGGAUUGGGAAUAUCACCAGAUGAUCUUCCAGCUUGUGACAAAGUGGAAUGGCAGAUUUAUUUGCCAUCUCUGCAGGGCUUCACGAAGACCCCUAGACGGAGCAAAAUGCUUCAGCCUUUUCGGAGCGCACCACCAACGAAGAAGCUGCGUUGAGUCCAUUGUCGAGUGCAUGCCGCCCGCUCCAGUGCCUUUGAUCUUAGUACCAGGGUACCACCCUGCCUUGAUCAAAUUUUGUGGAAUGCAUACAUUGGCGCUCGGAAUAGUUCAGACAGCCAACGCGGAAUCACUGUUGUGGAUGUACGAUCAUGGAGUGCAUGCAGACACACAAGAUCUUGAUACGCAUCUGCGACAUUCCUACCUUGACUUUCGCCAGUGGCUUUCCAGACACGGCCUGUCGUGCUCGGGAAGGAUGUUUAAUUCCAAACGGAUCCAUUGGCCUGGGGCCGAGUUUCCCUUUCUUGCCUACAAGGCCUUUAAUGGAAGAAUUGUUGCAGCUUGGGCAGCCAGCGUGCUUUGCUCGGCCCAAGUGCAGGCCAAGAUCACCGAACGCAAGCCUUUGGAAACUGAUGAGGCCUAUUCACAGCGGAUGCACUUGAACAGCAUCAUCACCAGCUGCAUGUACGAGCUCGCUGAGUUUCACAACGAUCUGGAAUGCUGCGGCCGCUACCUGUCGGAACCGGAAGCAAUGCAGCUCUACAGAAGAGGAAUGGUGUUCCUGUAUCUGUUCCGCGAAGCCGCCCUCAUUUACAAUCGCCGUCGUGAGCUGCGCUUUCAGCUUCGCCCGAAAUUGCACGCUCUGGAAGAGCUAUUGCGGAGCAUCAAGGUUGAGAGAUACAACCCGCGUUUUUUCCAAAAUUACACCGAAGAAAGUUUCCUGGGAAAUCUUAAGAUCCUGGCCGUCAAAGCUAUAGCGAGCACUCCGAAGCGGUUCGAACACACGAUGCUUGCCCGGUAUAUGCUGAGGACGGGUGUUUAG